UCUUUUGAGUGCGCUUUUCUUUAUGUUAAAAAGAACAGAUCUGGAAAACAAAUAAAAAAUGCUUUCAUUAUGUUACAGAUGGCAACAAUGACUUUAACAGAUUUGUUAGGUGCUGGAGAGGAGCACUUUGACAAGGCAAUUAAAGAGAUGACCAUGAAGAAUUUAAUGGAGACUAUUUCCAGCCUGCAGAAGGAGAUGGUGAAGGAGCAAGAGAAUUUUAAUUCUUUGAGUGGAGAGCUCCACAACAUCAAGGAGCGCAACUCUCGCCAGUACAAGCAGAUCUCUAAGGAUAUGGUUACUUCCCAGCAGCGCUUGAGCCACUUGAUGAAUUGGAGUAUGAAAUGCUUUGCACAGAUAAGAGAAAUGAAAGAGAUGCAACAGGAAGACGGCAGGGGACCCGCGGUGGCGGCGAUGAACGGUGCCGAUGGUGCAGCCUCCCCGCACAAGCCUGUCAUCAAGAACGCGACCGUCUUGCACGUGACCAGCGACGACAGCAUGUACGCCAAGCCAGAUCUGAACCGGAAGUCUGUGGAGACUAAAGUGGUAGUGAACAGCAUCAGCAAAGGCGUAUCUCACGAGAAGCUCGCAGAAGGGGAACAGAAAUCGGUCGGAGAGGGAGAUAGCGCAGGAAGUGCGGUCGCUUCUGUGGUCUCUGCCAGAACUGGUGGCGGACUUUACGUUAAAAGAAACCAGCCUGCCAGAGUGACCACCACGACCAACAUCAGUUCCACCAAGAUACUGCCCAGCUAUCACCAGCCAGGACAAAACGUCACGCAGCCCACCCCUGUUACCUCAUCCUCGCUAGUUAGCCAGCAUACCGCCAAUGUUGCCUCCACAUCUGUUGUUGUUACCCCUAGAACUUAUGUUUUAAAAUCCAGCACACCAGCAGUAGCUCCUUCUAGCAGCACUCCCCUCCUACACCCUCUACAGAUUUCCAGCGCCAACUCAGGAGUAAGUAAGUCGCAGACUUUGGCCAGCGAGCCGCUGUCUUACAAAGAGUUUAGGGCCCUGCCAAGCGUCAAACAAUUAGCCAAGUCAUUUGGCAGCACCACUGCAUUAAACACUGCUGGCACUUCCAGCUCUAGCUCGGUUCAGGGCUCUGGAUACCGCACAGGUUCCACCCAAUCUAGCGUGUUUCACGGGAAUCCGCUAGUACGGUCCCAAAGCAGCAUAUCUUUAGCUGAUUCCCCAAAACAGACUUCAUCCAGCCAUAUCAUUCUCGUUAAGGGCAACACUACUGAACAGAAGCCACAGCAAGAACAAGCGUCCACUCUUGUCAAUGGGAAACCCCCUCUGCCUCACACAAUCAAUAGGACGCAUACGACAAGCAAGGUCAUUCAAGCCACGUCAACAUCCUCCAACAAUGGCGCAUCAGAAAUCGAACAAGCUCGUGCCAGGCUAAAAGCUAACCGAGCUUCAAGGGACAUAAAAACAAGCUCUCUCAGCGGUGACUCCGUUGUUAACGCUAACAUUGUUGCCCCUGAAUCGUCCAAAACUGUGGAGUCCGAAAUCUCAAACGGGGAAACUCAGAACUACUCAAGUUACCUAAAAAAGAAAGACAACGCACCAAGCAAAACCAACACCGCGACACCAAACGUAAUACAAAUUACAAAUGGAGUCGCGCGGAUUACUAACCAAUCGAAGCUUUCUGUCUCAUCUGAAGCAAGCCCUGCAUCCUCUACCAAAUCUGCAGCCUCUUCCACAUCUACUUCCAGCUAUAUCAAGAGACUGUCGCAGCCUCCUUCAGACUACUCCCACAUGAAGUCCAACCCUUACUCCACCCUGCCAGCCAGCACGUCCCGCUCCCCGGAUCGAGUGGUCUCCACAGCAGCCGUGACCAUCAGGAGGGUCAAGUCCAGGGAGGAGCUCCAGGAAGAAGGCAGGCAGCUCAUGAACGCCAAGGACUCUCUCCUGAAGCAGAUCCAAGCCAGGCGACGAGACGACUAUGACAGCGAAGGCAGCAACUUUCUUUCGAUGUCCAAACUGUCCCAGUCCAUGCCUUCACUGCUGAAUGACGGGGGAAUCACUGGAGAUGGAAGCAAGUCAUUCCCUAUCAAGUCCAGCAUUGUAUUGCCAGAGAAAGACAAAACUGCAUUGGACCUUACUGAGGAGGAUGACCCUGCAGUGGAUGAGAACUCCAGGAUGAACUUGAGAAACUGGGACCCUAAUCCCGUUAUUUCCCUUCUGUAUCAAAUCAAAGUGAUGGAUGAGGUAGUAGAGGACAUUUCCCAUCAGUAUAUCACCAUGGAAGGCCUGAUGGAGAAACUCCCUAUCAACAAGAAGAAAGCUACACUCUUGAAAACAUGGAAGAGACGUUACUUCAAGGCCAAGGAUGGCUGGCUCCACUAUUAUGAGAGUGGCAACAGGGAUGAGGCAAGUGAAUCCAUUCAGUUGAUGGGAGGUGAAAUACAUGACAUGGGCAACAGAGUUUUGGGCAUUGAUGAUGGGAGGGGAAGGUACCUUAUGGUUAGAUGUCCUACAGAAAAAGAGUAUGGUCAGUGGAAGCUGGCUCUAGAAUCUCAAACAGCAGACAACACUAAGGCCACCUAUGUGAAACCUGUUCUGAAGUCCAGUAAAAACCCAGACAAAAGUGUGGUGAUUGUCGACCUUGGAAGCAGUGCAAUACGAGCUGGCAUUCUGGGAACUCAAGCUAGUCUUCCAGAUGUUUUUUUCCCAAGCAUUCUGGCAGUGGACAGAGAGACUGGUCAAGUCUUGGCUGUUGGAAAUGAUGCUCUCAAGCCAGACAUUAGAAGCAAGUGCAAAAUCAUCCAUCCAAUACGUCCAUCCAACAAAGUUGACCAGAACAUUAUAAGACCAUUUAAUAUAGAGUUACCAUACAUGGAGCCUUUGUUGAAACAUGUCUUCACCUUGUUAAACAUUGAUUCAGCCAAGUACUGGAUCAUGAUCAGCACUCCCCAAAACUUGGCAGAUUCCAUCAAGAAAGGCCUGAUGGAUCACUUGGUGGACAGGUUUCACAUGAGAGGGGUCUGCAUGGUGCAGCAGUCUUUGCUGUCUCUGUAUUCUUACAAGGCAACUACUGGCAUCAUACUGGACAUUGGUCAUCGCAUAGAGGUUCUACCAAUAUUUGAAGGUUUUGUCAUAGAAGGAGGUGUUGCCCGGUGUCCAUUUGGUGGCCAAAAAGUCCAGGAAUCCUUGACCAUCUCUCUCCUGGAGAACAACUACAAGUUUUCCUCCAUCACUGAGCAGUGGUUGGUGCGUUACAUUAUGGAACAAUCGUGUUAUGUGGCUAUAGACUAUGAGCAGGAGCUGGAAUGGUGCAAGACCAAACCUGACACACUCAAGACAAGUGUCAACCUGUCCAAGUUAAAUCUACCUGAUGGCUCCUACCUGAGUGUCCAGCAUGACAUCAGCAGGUUCAAAAGUCCAGAGGGUUUCUUCAAUGUGGACAUGUGGGAGUUGGAUUACCCUACCCUCCACAAGUUGAUUCACCAGGCCAUACAGAGCUGUCCCAUGGACAACAGGAGGCACAUGUGGAGGGCUGUGUAUCUGAGUGGUGGCGUCACAAUGCUACCUGGCUUUCCUGAGAGGCUUGAAAGGGAGCUAACUAAGCUUGCCCCACCUGGUGUUCCAGUCGAGAUUCAUGCAGCCCCUCAGAGGUACCACUGUGCAUACAUCGGAGCUGCUGCAGUGGCCCUCAUGCCCCAGUUUGAGCAGAUGGCCAUCUCCCAGGAGGAGUGGAAGAGAGAAAGUGUCCGUGCAUUUAAAAAAUGGCAAGCGCCCACUUCUUGACAUUCUAACAGAACAUUGGGCCACUGUCUGAAAAGGUCUCACUAAGAGACUGGAUACAGAGGUUGCAGAAAGCAUAAGCAGAACUAUUUUGACCUGAACUUACAUGUGGAAGGUUGUCGACUGUGUGGCUUUACCUAAUAUAUGGGUGUAGACAUAAUACUGAUAACAACAAAUUCAGUUCCUCUACACAAUUUGUUAAUUCAUGUGUACAUAUUUAUUACAUUGCCAGCAUGAUAAGUUGGUCUAUAUACCUUUACAUGAAGCAUAAGUUUAAAUGCCUACAUGAUGUAAUGGUCAUUUCUGUUUUUUGUGGUCAGAUGUCCUCAACUCAAUGAAAAUCUUCUUGAUGUGACUCCUAGUGUGCUGCCUACAGAUGUGAGGUCACAGUCUUUACUUUGAACUUUCCUUACUCUCGGAAAUAAGUUUUAACUCUGUGCAUUUGAUAGUUUCAAUUAUUUCUGUUUCAGUAAGAAAUGAAUGUAUUGCCUGACUCUGUUUAUUAUGACAGAAUUAUAUAUUUUUACAUACACAGCCUAUGUAUUAUUUUUUUAUUAUACAUAUAGUACAUACAUAAUAUAAAUAACUCUUCAUAUACAAAUGUAUUUUAUAAUUCUAUACAUUCCAUUGAUUUUACCUGGUGAGUUUUUAUUUUAUUGUUCAACUCGCCACUUCUGUGCAUUCCAGUGUUACACGUCAUCGGGCUGAAGACUUUGAAGUCUUUGCAUCCAGAGUGUGUCUAUUUAUAGCGGACAUAAGUCUUGUUGUGAAACCUAAGUACCCCAUCCCUCCCCCAUGACCACUUCCCCCCCCCUUACAAUUUAUAUUUUGCUAUUUAACAACCUACCCUACUUGCUCACAAGCUUACAUCCAAGCUGCGGCAAAUUUGUAUUUGUUAGCAUCCCAAUGCUCUACCUCUAAUUCACCACAUCCCAUAAUUUUGUGUGUAUGUCAGUUCAUGUGCGUAGAACUUGAGUGUUACUUCGUGAGAGGAAAUCUGAUCAAAGACCCAAUCAGUUUGACUUUGUACAGCUUCUGAAGAAAAAACUUACCUUGAGAUGCCCCACUGCUGAUUGACUUAACACAUGUUAAUCCUGUCUACAGUAGCCCUUUUAUAUAUAGUGGGAGAUGUGUUUUUAGAUUCACUUGCGAUGACUGAAAUCAGGUCAGGUAUGUCUACACUAUAGUUAGGCUUUUUAAUCCCCGCUUCGUAGCUUUUAUGCAACAUUAACCUUGGCUUUAUAUUAUACAUACAUACAAUACAGUAAUAAUACAGUAAUAAUAGAACGAAAUAGUAACAAGUCUCUCUCUCAAGAAGGUGUUUGGAUAUAAUGAAAGUAAAGUUCCUUCUUUCAGACCUUGUGGUCUAUAGGGCAGAUGAUGUUAAGGUCAUCUGUUUCUGUGCCUACGGUUAACGAGGGUGUCAUGUGGCUAGCACAAUGACCAACCACCUUUACUUUUCCCCAACUAAUGUCAGGUACCCAUUAGAGCUGGCUGGACUCGGAGGCCCUUUAAAGAACCUGAAAUAAAAAAUCCCAGUCUUCACCAGGAUUCAAACCUGGGACUGUUCAGAAGCCAAGCGCUUUACCACAAAGCCACCAUGUCUCCAUACAAUGAAAGUAAGCAACUAAUUUUGUGUUGUUUACAAUUUGUCGUUGGGAUGUAACACCUCUUCUUAGAAUUAAUUAAUAAUUUAUUUAUAUAUAUUUUUUUUUUAUUAAUUUCGGAAAAUUUCAUGUAAAAAUUCAUAAAAAAAAAUUUUCACCUAUUGAAUUUGGGCCAAAAAAUCAGCAAAAAAGUGAAGAAUUAUUUGCCCAAUUAAUGUCUUAUUUCAAAGAAGAAAAAAAGUGAAAUUACAUGAACUGCGUCAGACGUAGUGGAGAAUAAACUAUAGUGACAUGAAAAGUCUAGAUCAAACAUUUUUAAAAAGUUGAAGAAGAGACCAAAUUGUAUUGUGUCAUGAUCACAUAAUUGUGAGUCACAUAGAAUUGGGCAACCUUUUGUGUUUGUUAUUUAUGUAUUGACUCGAGUUGAAAUGUUUGAGUGUGAAGACCUGUGUGUUUGUGUGUCUUGUGAUGAAACAAGGCAAUUUAAACAAAAAUAAAUUUUCCCCUCAACUCAUUGGGGAUGAGCUAAACCAUCCCCCCCCCUCCUAUAUGCUACUGAAAGAAAUGGAUGAGAUAGAAAUGUUGAUGAAUUGUUGUCCAGACCAAAACUUUUCUCUCUCUAAUUGCUGUCUACACUUGUUAUAUCACUGAUACCAUUCCAUCUGACAUUCUUUUAUACUAACUUGUCUCAUUAUACACAUUUUUAUUCUAUUUAUUUAUAUCUUAUUCUAAACAGCAUAGUACAUUUAUUUAUACACAGAUACAAUAUAUAUUGUGUGUGUGUUUGCAGUGUUUCUAACAAUGAAUGAUGAGUGACAGUCCAUUGCAGUCAUUCUAACUCCAUGUGUGUGUGUGUGUGAGGGUUUGAGAAGCUCCACACUUCCUCCCCUUGGACUAAAAAAGCCCCCCAGUAAACUGGAGUAGAAGUAGAGUAUCACACACAACACACAAGGUGUGUUGGAGAGUACUGAAUUGUUUUGUAGAGAAAAGGAAAAGUUCAUUCUACAUGUGUGGCAGCAUUGUGACUAGAAAUGAACUUAAUAGUGUCUAGUUGUGAACAAAAGUGUAUUUAUUGUUUUGGUGCUUAUUUAAUAAUGUGCUGUAGCCAGGCCUGGUGUUUAAAAACAUUCUGUUUUACUCUUUAUUACUUUAUACAUUUCAUGUUUAUGUUGCUUAAAAACUGGAUCAUUCCAAUUUUGUGUAGGUAUGUAAAUAUUUAUGUCCAACAAUUGAGACUUUAGCUUUAGCUCUGAUAUAGUCCCCUGUACACUGUAGCUCUUCUGUAUCCUAGAAAGUUCAGAGAAUAGUCAAGCCUCAUUGUAGCCAACUAACUUGUUAUUUGUUUGUUAUACCUGAUAGAAUCAUGUAGUUGUAAUCAUGUAAUAAUGUAAUCAUUCAGUUGUUGAUGUUCAAAAUAAAAUGAAAACUAAACAGUUGACUAAAUGUGUGUGUGUAUGAUUCCAUUCAAUUCAAGUUGUGUUUUUGUAGUUUUCAUCACUAUUCUUUGUGAUCAAGAUUUUGUCUUGUUUGAUAUAAUACCAGUAUAUAUUUUAAUGAUACACUCUACAUAAUAGCGCUAUAAAUAUUUAGACAUCUUUGGCCUGGGCAUCUAUUGGUUGUCAGGUUAAGAUGACCUGAUUUGUUGUUGUUUUUUUCUUUUAUUGAGUCCAGUCUACAUGGAGGACAUCUGAACAGGAUUUGUUCAUUUGGGUUGUGCAUAGAGUUGAUUUUUUGUUCACUUUUUGAAUAUUUUUUUUCAUUCAACCAUACAUACAUACAUGCAUAAGUCUUUAUCCUCAUAGCAGGGAUCAUUCUAAAAAUUCUUUGUCCUUGUUGCACUGUAGAUUGAGUAUAUUUUAAAUUCCUGAUGAUUUAUUUGAACUAGACUCUCAAUUCUAAUGUUUACUUGUAUAGUGUGUACAGAUCUUUUAAUGAUGAACACAAAAAUGUCUGUGAAAUGUCCUGACUAACUGACAUUAAGUCAAGGCCACACACACAUUCGGGAUCAAGACAUAAUGCUGUGCAGCUUCUGUAGGGAGAGCAUUUGAUAAGAGCAGCUUAUUUUUUUUUAUUUUUUUUUAUCUUUGUUCUCACUCACACUAAUGUUUCUGACUGGAUCUAUGGAGUCCUUUGUGUCUCUUGUAUUUCCUGGAAUAUAUUUCUGAUGGAGCUUCUCUUUCAUGUCUUGUCAUGGAUGUAUUCAACUUUGUGUAGGUGUAGAUAUAACUUAGCGAGUGGAGUUCUAGAUGUAUGUAUUGGUUAGAUUCAUGUACAACACUCCAAGAAACAAUGCAACCACUUGUGGAGGGUGUAUGAUUAGUUUAUAUGUAAGACUCAGCUAGUGAUAUGAACACAUUGAUCAAGUUUCUCUUUGAGUUGGGAGCAUGCUGAUUCAUGACUUGUAGGACGAAAUGAGAUUAUGUUUUAAGCUGGAACAUUCUAGGCUCAGGUCUCACCAGGCACAUGCAGUGGCAUAAAUGCAUAGGCAAGUGCUUUGCCCCCUUGAUAACAGAAUAGGUUUUCAUUGAUAUGGAUGGAUGGAUGGAUGGAUGGACUAUAAGUUUAUGUAAGGGACAAUGUACAGAGCUCUGCAGACACAGCUUAUGAUGCCAGUUUGAAAGUCUUUUUUUUUUUUCUAUCUUCUCCUGUCUUUAACAGUAAUGAGAAUAGGAACAGGAGCAUGUAAUUAAGUCCAACUGAUCAAUGACCAAGACACACCUUGUUAAUACACAUGCACAUAGGCAUGAGGUAGCCUGUCAGUUUUUACUUUGUACAAAUUCAGUUUGUACACAUGAGCACUCAUUGCAGCUCACUCACUGCUGCUACAUAAUAUCUUGCUGAGACAUGAAUGUCAUGUGAUCAAAUCCUGACUUUAAUCAGUUCUGAUAUAUGUCCUCUGGUUGUUGAAUGUUGAACAUGUCUAGCUGACAUUGACCUGGCAUCACACUCUUUCUCUCCAAUUAUAAUGCAAUAUUUCAUUUAGUACAGAAAUAUAAAAACAUUAAUGUGUUAUCUGCUUUUGUUUCUCACUAGCAAUUUAAACACUUUUUUUCACUAAUAUGUGCAUUUUACUGUCUUAUUUACACAAUAAAUGUCUACAAUCACA